UGCUGUUGUCAUUCGCAGUCGCCCAACGGAAACGAAAUGUGCUACAGAUACAGCUUUAUUCUGGUCAUCGCCAGUGCCCUACUCCUGGUGAGCACCCUCGCAGCCCCACCCUCCGAUGUGGUCGUAGAGAAGCAGGACUCUGUUUCGGGAGAGAAAGUUGUGGAUGUUCCCGAGGAUUGUCAUCAGCCCAAGGAGACGGGACGCUGUUUUGCCCUAUUCUAUCGGUAUGCCUACAAUGUGGAUACCCAGGCCUGCGAGGAGUUCGUCUAUGGAGGAUGUGCCGGGAAUGGAAACAACUUCGAGAGCAAGGAUCUGUGCGAGAAGGCCUGCCUGGGCCGUGCGGCAGUCACUGAAAUCUCUGCGACCACAGAACCACAGAGCAGCGACAGUGAUGUGACUACGGAGAGCGGCGGUAGCAGUGCCUAAACUAUAGUUUAUUUAGCGCAUAGUAUAUAGGUUUAUUAAUGGCCUCCCGACCAAGCAAUUAAGUCAUCUCCCAUCCCCACACAAAUAUAGUACCUACCCACAAUACA